AUGCCAAAGUCAAAAAAGGAACCAGGAGCAGUGGUGAGCAAACAAUGGAGUUGCUCGGAACUAGUUGAUGGCAACAAUGCUUUGUUAAAGGCAAAGCGUGAGAAGGAUUCACCAGCUUCGUUACAGAAGAAAAUCCAGGAGUAUGAGGCAGAAUUGGAGAAAUUGAGAAAUUCUGCAUCCCCGGAUGAUGAAACCCAACCAGCUUCAGAGACGGAAGUUCACACGAGGAAGACAAAAAAACAAGGUGAAAAACCAGUGAAUGCUACCGGGGCUACCACACCUCUGCCCUCACACAGCUCCAGGACUACAGAGACCCCUCAAUCGCCCCCGGACCCACCAGGUGGGUCUGGCAACCCAGCGGCCUUGAAGAGGUUGAGGGGAAAAGGCAGCGAUCCUGAUAAGGACCGUCAGAUUGAGGAGCUUCGGAAGGCUGGCUUGAAGAUGCAGUUGGAAAUGGAAAAACUCAAGCAGCAGAUUGAUGACAAGAAGAAUGCAGGCAGCAGUAAGGAGGCUUUCACACCAAAGGAAAGUGAUAGGAUGACAGCUGCCAAGACCCUUCCAAAACCGAAGAAUCCCCCCAAGCCAGUUGAAGUGUCUGAGCCUGGCCUUCCAGCGCCAGCGUCGGAAGCUGCCAAACGAGCACGUCUUCGCCGCCUGUGCGAAAGAAAGCCGUCAGGGCGCAUCUUCGUUCCAGAGGAAGUGCAUUCCAAGUGGAAGAAUGCUAGCUCUGAUGAAAGAGAUGCCAUGGUUGAGAUUCUUGAAGCCAACAACUGGUCGAAGGAAGUCUUUGUUUCGAAAGUGACCAAGAGCAUUCAGAAGACUUCCAAGUUGAGUCGUCGCAAGAAACGUGGAUGGUAUACCGAAGAAACGAUGGCAACGGUCUUGAAGUGGUCUAAGAAAGAUCGCUACAACAAGAAACUGAACAAGUUCUAUGUUGUUUAUGAAGAAGGCGAUGAGAAUUUGAGUGAAGAUGAAGAGAUCGAACGCCAAGAUGAUGUCCAGGAGCCGACUGCUGAAGUGAAUUUCAGCAGGGUUGGAAAGGGAAUGCGUACACGUGCCCCUGAGCCUACUGUUUCGGAGUCUGAGUCAGAAGAUGAUGAUGAGAAAGAGUCCAAGGCUGACCAAUCCAACAGUGCUGAGAAGGAACUGGAGCGCUUCAAAUCCUUUGGCUCGAGCCUCCUCAGCAAGGAGGCGAAGCUGCAGGACCUUGUCACAGACCUGGAGCAGGCUUUGGAAGAGUUGGGGCUUCGUGAGAAGAUUGAGAACCAAACCCAGUCCACCACGGUGGCGUGCAGCAAGGUCACCACCAGUGAGAGCAGUGCCAAGAACAUUCUCAAGUCGCUCCGCAAGCUGAUCACUGCGAAGGAGGAAUGUCCUGGCCUGCGUUUGCUGCCGCAUUAUGCGAAGCUCAUUGCUGGUGGCGCCAGGGGCCCCAAAGUGAUGGCAAGCCAAUGCACUGACUUGCAUGACCUUGGGGCAACCUUUGCCCCAUGCAGCCAUGUGGUGGAACUAGCACGUGCAGAGGUGCAAACAAACCCCAAUGCAGAUCAACGGCUACGGGUCUUUGCUGGCAUUAGAAUUGCUGACGCUGAAGUUGGUUGCCAUCAAGUAUUCCAACGAUAUGGUUUGAGUGCUGCCGUUGAAAUUGAGAAGUUGGAAUUGUUUGGAAUGAAGGACUUUCCAUACAUACCUUUUUCCACCUGGGCCCAGUAUUUGCUUGACACGAACCGGUUCACACGACAAUUAUGUGGUUGCAGAGAUUUCAAUACCAUGCGUUCUGUCUUGACAGAAUUCUGGAGUCGAUACCAUGCCCUGUUCCCCAACCACGAGAUCUUUAGCAAAGCUGAUGCUGGAGAAGUAGCCUUGGAGCGUACAGUUCCUUUCUUUUCACACACGGAUGAGGGGAGGUCCCAGAAACAUGAUCCCUUGUGGGUCUUGUCCUGCCAUGGGGCACUGGGGCGGGGCACUCGCUUGUACCUGAAAAUGAGGAAACACCGCAAAGCUGUGGGACAAAAUGAGAUGGGGCUCAAUUUUGUGGGUCAAACCUGGUCGACACAGUUCCUGCUCGCCACAGUUCUGAAAAGGAAGGUAGAAGAUUUUGAUACUUCACUGGAGUUGUUGCUCAGGAAGUUCAGUGAGGAUUGUUCCAACCUUGCUACGCGUGGACUUUCACAUGAGGGUCAAACGAUUUGGUUACUCCAUUUGGGGACAAAGGGUGACCUUCCAGCCCUGAACAAGGAGUCCAACCCCCGAACUGGUGCUGCUGAUGUCCCCUAUGAAGAUUUGGGGGAAAAUCCUAUUUGGGAGGGCACUAUGCACAGUGUGGAGGACUUCAUUGGCCGCCCCUCGAGGGUGAGCCGACGGGUGGACAUUAGAAGAGUGCACAGGAAUGUGAUGCUUCGAUGCCUGAUCCUUUCGGAGCAGGCACUUCAGAAAAGUGAUGAUGAUGACCGAGGCAUGGAUGCCUAUAUGUGA